CACAAUCAUAGAACCUUGCGUCAAAAUCACUUCCGUAUUGAAAACCAAAAUUCCCUCGGUUAUAAGCAAAAUUCACGUAUUGUGCAAAAAAUGUCCGAUGAAGAGAUCUCGAAUAUGAUCUCUAAUAUUCCCGAUGAGGUGAUAGACUACCUGGUGCAACAGCGGAGGCGGGAGCGUGAUCUUAAGAUCGAGAAGGAGGUGAUCAGGAAGCGCCUUAAAAAGGUGCAGGACAUGAUGCAACUGCUGGAGGGACGCGACGAUGGAAUCACUUGUACAAUAUCUGCAGGAAAUGUCUACCAAAUGAGCACAGUGCAGCAGGUGAGGGACCAUCUGGCUGCCAACCUUUCGAGCACCAUGGUAGAUUUCGUCAAGGCCCACCGGAAGCUCCUCCGACUUCAGAGCGAUAUUCGUCAGGAUAUGGAAACGGUCUGGCACAAUGUCAAUAAUAUUGAAACUGUCUAAAUUUUGGUUUAAAUAAAAUGGUUUCUAUAUUA